CCAAUCAUACACGAUUUUACUUCGUUGCCUUGGGCUCUUUUAAAGACUGAUUGAGAGGGGAUUUUCCUCAGUACUGUAGGUGUGUUUGGGGAUCCAGCAGUGGAAUAAGGAGGGUGCAAGGUUGCACAGCAGACUGAAAAUGGCAAAAGGUGAUACUGGUGCACGAUGUUUCCAAGGCUUGCUCAUCAUGGGGAAUGUCGUCAUGGGGUGUUGUGGCCUUGCACUCAUGGCAGAGUGUAUAUUCUUCGUGUCAGAUCAGCAAACCCUUUAUCCAUUGCUGGAAGCUACCGACAAUGACGACAUCUAUGGUGCUGCCUGGAUUGGGAUCUUCACUGGCUUCGCUUUCUUUUGUAUGGCAGUCCUUGGUAUUGUUGGUGUCGUGAAGUCAAAUAGGACAAUGCUAUUGGUGUAUAUCAUCCUGCUGAUGAUAGUCUUUGCCUUUGAAGUUGCCUCCAGCAUCACAGCAGCUGUGCACCGAGACUUUCUCACCCCCAAUCUCUUCUUGAAGCAAAUGCUGGAAAAAUACCAGAAUCCAGACCCCAUCAACAAUGACGACAAAUGGAAGAGUGAAGGUAUCACCAGGACGUGGGAUCGGCUCAUGUUGCAGAAUAAGUGCUGCGGUGUGGUUGGCCCAUCAGACUGGCAAGCAUAUAACUCUGUAUUUAGAAAAAGGAACCAAGAUGCAGAUUUUCCUUGGCCACGCCAAUGCUGCGUAAUGGAUCUUCUAGGAAAGUCAAUCAACGUGGAUGCCUGCAAACUGGGGAUGGAUGGCUAUUACCAUAAAGAUGGCUGCUAUCCAAUCAUCUCUGGCCCAAUGGACAGACAUGCUUGGGGUGUUGCCUGGUUUGGUUUCGCCAUUCUGUGCUGGACUACUUGGGUCCUUCUUUGUACCAUGUUCUACUGGAGCAGAAUCGAGUAUUAAAGAAGCAGUAUCCUACCAACCUGUCCUCCUUGGAGCUGACACUUUCUUUUCUUUAAAAUGUGAUGUCUAUGUAAUAUAUUUCUCUCUAUGGAAGUUCUGAUCUCUCCUCUUCACCACAAUGCUCCCCACCCCCCACCCCCAUUUCAAACACAGCAGGUCUAAUACCUGCAAGAUGAAAAACGGGUAGUUGCCUUUUAAUUUGCUCUGUAUUCCAAAACUUUGGGUACAUCAAAACAUCAUUGAAUGGGUAUGCUACUCCCAGAAAGAGCAAAAGAGGAAGAAAUGGCUCCAAAUGCAUCAACUGAUCUGAAGCCAGUUGUCUGGAACAAGUAGGUUUCAAGAUGUAAUGCUCCAUCAAGUAUUAUAAUUUCCUCUGCUUUGUGUGUCAGGUCUUCUUUCUUUUGUAAUGUUUUGAACUAUUUUAAUGGAGCAUUGAUCUCCUUACAUGUUAUACAGCAAACAACUUUGUCCAUGAACUAGUCGAGCUAGUCGGAUAUCACCCUUUCGCUAUAAAGAUUGAAUUGAGUUGGCUUGCUUUCCUGUGCUGAUCAGUAAACUACGUGUGUGACGCUGUUUCCGUAGCUACCUAUUUCAACUGAUCGCUGAUAUUCACACCUUUCCCCGUGGUUCUUACCUCAACCAGCCCAUGUAAUAUUUGUUGUCACUUUUGCUUUGGAGAGCUUUAUUUUUAAAGCAGCAGAAGCUGGCAGUGGAAGAAUUUAACAUUUUCUUCUCCUCUUGAAUUAAAUAUGUUGUUCAUGGAGUUCACUAGAGGGCUAAGCUUACUAACGUGACAUGAGGGCAAAACUGGUUUUACAAGGAAUAUUUUUGAACUGGUCCAUUCUGAUACUUUGUUCUACAUACAUCAAGUUUUGCUCCUUUUUUGUGAUAUUUUGUUCCUUGUACAGAAUGUUCUAAGAUGAAAACUUCCUCUCUCCCCACCCCCAUCCACAUGUAAGCUCCAAGAACAUACCACCUGCCCUGUUUCAUGUAUAUUUUAUUCUUCAAAUCUUUAAUAAUAAAGUGGAGUUAAAAGAUAAGAAAGACAGAAAUGUUUAGGACAAAUGCAGCUUUCUUUCACAUGUGAUCCAAGUAUAUUGGUUUUGUGUUCAAAAGCUGAAAAAUGAGAACAAAUAAAAGCUUAUGCUGGAGGGAAACCUUCAAGGACAAAACUGGCUAGUUAAUCCCAAC